GUUGAAUUAUUGAUGAAAUCUUUUUAAUUUAUUAUUAUGGUUUAAAUUUAAUCAUAACAAUUUCUUACAGUUUAAUUUUCUUUAUUGUUGCUACAAAAUGGUUUAAAAUUAGUUUGAAUUUUCCACUUUUUCGUCGCCAAGGGGAUUAUUUGGUUCACUUAUUUAGACUUGGAGUUUGUUUUGGUGGCAAAUGUUAAAAAAAUUAAAUUUAACUUCUCUAACUUUUAAUCUUUUGAAUUAUUGUGCUAAGAAAAAAAUUAAAUUGAAUGGUUCCACGUCAUUUUUUCAUUUGAGCUGUGGGAUGGCCAACUCUAAAUUUGAAUAUGUUCGAGGUUUUGAAGAUGCUUCCGACCCGAUAUUGUUGAAGAACUGUUUUGUUGCUAUUAGAGUUGAUGGUCAAAGAUUCCAUCAAUUUUCUAAAGCACACAACUUCUAUAAACCUAAUGACAAACGAGCUUUGGAUCUGAUGGUGGAAGCUGCUACAAGCGUUAUGAAAUCGUUCUAUCCCUCUAUCAAAAUAGCUUAUGGUCAAAGUGAUGAAUUCAGUUUUAUUGUAUCACGGUCCUCGGAUUUGUACAAUAGAAGAGCAAACAAACUUCUAUCAUUGAUUGUAUCUACCUUUACCUCUUCAUAUGUCUUUCAUUGGUCGAAAUAUUUAAAAGAUGUAGUCCUCAAAUAUCCUCCAGCUUUUGAUGGUAGAUGUGUAAUGUACCCUAGUGAAAAGGAGAUCAUUGAUUACCUAAAAUGGAGACAAGUUGACUGUCAUAUUAACAAUUUGUACAAUACAACUUUCUAUUGUCUAACUGGAGAGUAUCAUUCGUGUGAAGUAAAUGAGAAUAACGAAACUGUUUUCAUUCCAAUGCAGAAUCCUAAACCAUUGAGUAAUUUUGAUGCUCAGGUACGAUUGAGCGGAACCGUAAGCAGUAACAAACAUGAUAUUAUGUUUUUGGAGCACGGAGUCAAUUAUAACAACGAAAGGGAACAAUUUAAGAAAGGUUCACUACUCAUAUUAGAACGUGGUGAUGAUUCUACCAGUAAUGUGAAAAAAAGUUCAAAGAAAAAGUCUACAAAAGAUCCAGAAGACAUCAAGAUUUCCUGUCUCAACAUUGAUGUUGUCAAGAGUUCUUUCUGGGAAGACAACAGUUAUUUAUUGGAAUAAAAUUGAUGGUGGAAGCUUCGAUGGAGUAAAUUCUUAUACCAAAGCAACUUAUGGUCAAAAUAUUCAAUUCAGUUUUAUUGAAUUAUGCUACUUGGAUUCGUAUGAAAAUGAUAUUUCCUAGCUUCUAUGUCUUUGUUAUUAAUCAUCAAAUAUAACCUUUGUAUUACAAUUGAUGAUACAAAAUGUGUAACCGUGUUUGCCGCUUCUUCAUCUUUUUAGAGCGAAGCUACCACAAGACAAGCGCUCGAGUUUUGACUAAACAAUCUCUAAAACUAUUAUAAAAAUUUGUAAAUAGCAUCAGUUUACUGAUAUCUUUAACUUAUAUUUUUUUAGUUGUCUGGUCAAAAAUAGAAAUAAACUUUAAGCCUAGCUCAAUAA